UUUCAACUUUCUAGGCUAUUUUUCUAUCUUUUUUCCAAUGGAAAUUUUACCUGUGAAGGCACUAAAUUCUGAUAGAUACAAAAUAGAAGCCAAAAAUCUUUCCUACAAAUUACCUCUAAAAUAUAAUGAGUUUAAAUGGGUAGGCAAAAAGUUGGCUACCAACAAGAAGACUAGUACUACUACUUACCUUCUAAGGAAUGUGAAUUGUGAAGCCAAACCAGGGGAAAUUACAGCAGUUGCUGGUCCAAGUGGAGCAGGCAAAACGACGUUGUUAGACAUUCUAGCAGGGAAUGUCAGUCCAUCAAGAGUUUCCGGCCAUGUUCUUGUCAAUGACAUGCCUAUGAAGCCUGCAAAUUUCAGAAGAAUAUCAGGCUAUGUCACACAAGAUGAGGCUCUUUUCCCUCUUCUCACUGUUGAAGAAACUUUGAUGUAUAGUGCAAGAUUCAGACUCCAUGAAGGUAACAAUAAGGCCAAAGAUAGAGUAUCGAAGCUGUUGAAUGAGCUUGGAUUGGACCAUGUUGGUAGUAUGAAAGUUGGUAGUGAAUCAAGCAGGACUAUUUCGGGUGGUGAAAAGCGUAGAGUGGCGAUUGGGGUUGAAUUAGUCCAUGAUCCAGCUGUCGUUCUGCUCGACGAACCAACUUCAGGUCUUGAUUCUGCUUCAGCUUUCCAUUUAAUGCAUCUGUUAAAAUCAAUGGCUAAGAAUCAAGGUAAGACAAUUAUACUAACCAUCCAUCAGCCUGGUUUUCGAAUUCUUGAACUGUUUGAUAAAGCUGUUUUGCUGUCAAAUGGAUUUGUCCUUCACAACGGAUCUUUACAUCUUCUUGAAGAGAAGCUUAGGUCCACUGGAAAUUUCAUUCCUCACCAUGUCAAUGUGCUUGAAUUUGCUAUUGAUAUAACAGAAAGCCUUGCAGAAAGCCUGAAUUCUCCUGGAGAAAGUGACAUUGAAAAAUGUGAAACAGAACAAGAAAGUGAUAAUUAUGUGCUUAUCAAAAACACCAAUAAGGAAGUUCUAUACUCCAAUUCUCCAUUAAAAGAGGUACUAAUUCUGAGCCAGAGAUUUAUCAGCAACAUUUUCAGGACUAAACAACUUUUCUUGGCUAAGGUAAUCCAAGCAUUACUUGUGGGGCUUAUUUUGGGAUCAAUAUUCUUCAAUGCUUAUACAAACACAAAGAACUUAGAGCUGCAAUCUCAAGUUGGAUUUUUCGCUUUUAGUCUCACAUUUUUGUUGUCAUCCAACACGGAAGCUCUACCGAUUUUCUUAGAAGAGAGGAGAAUUCUAAUGAGGGAAACAUCUAGAGGAGCAUACAGAAUUUACACUUACAAUAUAGCAAACACUGUAGUGUUUCUUCCUUUCCUUCUGAUUAUAGCUCUUCUCUAUGCUAUACCGGUUUAUUGGCUAGUCGGAUUGAAGUGCGAAUUCAGUGCAUUCGCGUACUAUACUCUAGUCUCAUGGAUGAUUUUCGCGAUGGGGAAUUCGUUCGUGGCAGCCUGUUCUGCACUAGUGCCAAAUUUCCUUCUAGGGAUGUCAUUUAUCGGUUGCCUAAUAGGUGCAUUUUUCCUGUUUUCGGGGUACUUUAUAUCGAAGGAGUCGAUCCCCGUGUUCUGGUUAUUUGUGCACUAUCUGAGUCUGUUUAAGUAUCCGUUUGAGUGUUUCUUGAUUAAUGAGUAUGGAGGAGACACUGGGAAAACGAAGUGCAUACAGAAAGUUGAUGGAAUGUGCUUAAUGUAUGGUGAACAGUUGUUAGCGCGAUAUGGUUUGGAGGAGUCACAGAAGUGGUUUAACAUAGCUAUUAUGUUAAGUUUCAUCUUUGGUUAUAGGUUUUUGUGUUUUCUGAUUCUCUGGUAUAGAUCCUGCAGAAACAAAUGUUGAAAAGAAUGACUAACAAAUUUUCUUUCAUCUAUGAAAAUCUAAGUACAUUAAUUUGUUUUUUAAGAGUUCUCCAUAUUGUUGCAACAUUUUCAGAUACUUUUCCCAUGCAAAAUUGUCCAAAUGAAACCUACAGUAUCCCUUUCCUUUCUCAAAUUCAAGAAGAGUUGUUUUCAACUCCAACUUGCUUAUCAGCCGCAAAAAAGAGAGCACAGAAA